UGCCUUCAGAGUUUGCACAAGAUAUUCAUAGACAAUAAGAGUGAUCUAAACAAUAAUUUCGUUUCGUUUUUGAACGGGUGAGUGGAAAAAUGUUGCGUUGGUUCGCGGUGCGUCCGUCGAGUGUUCCGGUGUGCGCGGCGUGACGAACGUACGUACGUCCCCCCCGAACCCCCCUCGUCCAGUGGCCCAGCCCUCCGCAGCCGCCUUCUGUGCAGUUUCGCAUGUUAUCGCAUUACCAUGCAUCGGUGGUGGUAGUAGAAAGAAAGUGAGACGGACGUAUAGAUCUCGAGUGCGUUGCGAAGGGAGACAGAGCGAUAGAGGAGACCGUUGCCCUUCGUCCCCCCCCACUUCGUGCGCGUCCAUAGAUACCUCUCUGCGUGCAUAUGCAUAGAUACGACGGUCGGGAGGGAGCCGCUGCCCCCUUCUUCAUCGCGUCCCUCGCCCCCUUCACCGUAGUCGUCGUCGCAGUCGUCGACGUGCCCGUCGUAGUAGUAAUGCGAGCGAUAGAUGCGAGCUGUGCCGAGUUUUUAAUAAAAUAAGUGAGGCGGACGGUGGGAGACACAGUUUGUAACAGCAGCAGCAGCAGCAGGCAGCAAUAGCAGCCAGCAGAGCAACGCAACGAACGUGUGCCAGUUGGAUUCGGUACGACGAAGGUUUCGGUUACCGUCUGCUCAACUCACUCAAUCACUCGCUCACUACAUACACAUAUACAUAACAACAAGAAACAAAAGGAGGAUAUAUCGUGUGUACGUAUAUACUAUCAUCAUUGAGUGUGCGACUUGUGUGUGUUUGUGCAGCAAACGACGGUGCAACGCGGAGAGGCGAAAGGACGCAGAGAACGUCUCCUCCAGGGGACGAUUGUGGUCUUGACGACAUGCUGGCAAUCACCUGUACCGCCGCGAGUACAUGAAGAAGAGACAACCGUCACCACAGCAACGAGAGUGUUGUUGUUGUUGUUGCUAUAGCGGCAAUUGUCUUGACAGUCGGUGGAGAUAAGUGUGCCAUGAGGAGGAGGUCGACGCCGCAGCCGAAGGAUUAAAAUUGAACGCGCAGUGUUCGAAAAAUCGUGUGUUCGUUCGUUCCUCUUCUUUCCACAAAUUUUUAUUAUUUUUUUUAUUUAUCGGCAAUCGCGGCGCUUCUUAAUCGCUUCUCCCCGAGUGCGCCGAACACGCCGCCAGUCGUAUUCGCAGAUUUCUCUAAUAGGAAUAUUAUUUAGCAACGUGCGGUGUGUUCCCCUUUCUGGCUGUUACUUUCCGGUAAAUGGAAACCGCCGAGGGUCGAUUCAACAGUAACACGAAUUGCGGCUGCAGAAGAGGUAAAAGAGAAGCAGCAGCAGUAGGAGAAGAAGGAAAAAGCAGUAGAAGAAGCUGCUGCGAGGAAGUGGAUAGUUUUGGUGGAGGAGGUUCGUCUCCGGUGGUGCCGCGAUGUCGGGCAGCUUGAUGAGCAUCGAACCCGAGCACAAGUCGCCCAGGGAGAGCGGCGAAGACUCUGAGGAUGAGAGCGAGAUCCUCGAGGAGAGCCCGUGCGGAAGGUGGUUGAAGAGACGAGAAGAGGUUGAGCAGAGAGAUGUUCCGGGCAUCGAUUGCGCCUACUUGGCGAUGGACACCGAGGAGGGCGUCGAGGUGGUCUGGAACGAAGUGCAGUUCUCGGAGAGGAAGAACUUCAAGUCGCAGGAGGAGAAGAUCCAGAUGGUCUUCGAGAACCUCACGCAGCUCGAACAUCCCAACAUCGUCAAGUUCCACAGAUACUGGACGGACACACACAACGACAAACCAAGGGUCAUUUUCAUAACGGAGUUCAUGUCCUCCGGUUCACUGAAACAGUUCCUGAAACGCACCAAACGCAACGUGAAAAGACUUCCCCUGCAGGCGUGGCGCAGAUGGUGCACACAAAUACUAUCAGCUUUAAGUUAUUUGCAUUCCUGUUCACCGCCGAUCAUCCACGGAAAUCUCACCUGUGAUACCAUAUUUAUUCAACACAAUGGACUCGUCAAAAUCGGAUCAGUCGCCCCCGAUUCGAUUCAUCAUCAUGUUAAAACGUGUCAGGAGAACAUCAAAAAUAUGCAUUUCGUUGCACCCGAAUACGGCACGAUCAUGGGUCCUGCGAUAGACAUCUACUCGUUCGGUAUGUGCGCCCUGGAGAUGGCGGCGCUGGAGAUCCAGGGCAACGGAGAUUCCGGCAACAUCGUGACCGACGAGAACAUCAACAAGACCAUCGACUCCUUGGAGGAUGGACAGCAGAAGGACUUCAUCCGGACGUGUCUGAACAAGAACCCCGCCAAUAGGCCCACCGCCAAAGAGCUGCUCUUCCAUCCGCUGCUCUUCGAGGUGCAUCCACUCAAGCUGCUGUCUGCCAACAGCCUCGUCAAGACUGCUGCAAACAUAUCUGAAACGAUAACAGAUGAGUUGAUACAGCGGUUGUACGCGCCGGACAUGGUGCUCGCGGAUGUUAAGUACGGCAACAAUCAGCAGCCGGUGGAGGUGAGGAUGUCGGACGUACCCGUCUCCGAGAAGCUGGAGAAGUUCGUGGAAGACGUCAAGAACGGCAUCUACCCGUUGACGGCGUACGGUGCGAAACAGCCGCCUCCGGCGAGAUCGCGCGCCAUCUCUCCGGAGAUGGCGGAAUCGGAGAAGUCGGUGACGCCGGAACCGACGGACGUGGAGACCCGGAAGAUCGUCAACAUGAUAUGUCACGUGAAGCCGAUCGAUCCGAAGAUGAAGGAGGAGAACGAGGAGGUCACGCUGUCGCUCGUUCUCAGGAUGGACGACAAGAUGAACAGGGAGCUGACCACGAUCCUGUCCUACGUGGAUACGCCUCAGACGCUCGCCCAAGAACUGGUGCAUUUUGGUUUUAUAAACGAGCUUGACCGGGAUAAGGUGGCGAGCGCCAUCGAGGAUGCCAUCCACCACAGCUCCGGACACAGCAGCCCCACGCACAGCCUGACGUACGCGCCGAUGUUGACCGUCGUGCCGGCGGCGGUGCAAGGAGGCGUCGCGACGUACGCAUCUUCGACGCAAGUCCCGACGACGACGACGACGUUGAUGAUGCCAGGCGGUGCGACGGCCGCCGUCGUCGCCGGCAUCCAGCAGCAGCUGACCCUCAUCACGACCUCGACCACUUCCUCCACCGCGCAACAACCAUCCCAACCAUCCACCAUCUCGACGGCGGCCGUCACCGUGCCCAACCACACACAAGUGCCCAUGCACUCCACUAGUUAGUAGACAACUGCCACUAAUUAAUACUAUAUACAUAUAUAUAUAUACUAUACAUACAUAUACAUACUAUUAUUAUUAUUACGAUUAUGUUUCUUAUUAUUAUUACUAUCAUGUUUAUGAUUACUACUAUGAUUAUUACACUCUGUUCGAUUUGUAAUGAACGAUCAAAGAGGAAGAGAUCAGGAAUCCGAAGGCGACAGAGGAUGACGAUGAUGAUAAGUACGCCACGCCUACCUAUCUAGCCCCGCCUCUAUUUAACUGUAUACACAUUUUGCUUCUAUCGCUCCUCCCACUGACGCUCCUCCCAAUCCCGUCACGCGAAAUUAAAAUAAUGAAGGAAAAGAGGAAGCGAAUUAUUUAUCUUUUCAUUUAUUUAAAGUUAUAAUUAUUUAAAUUAAUCUUACAUUAUGUUGAUAAUUUGUAAUUUAAGUAUUGUACAAUCGCGCAGGCAGUGUCUCGAAAAGUAUACAAAGAUUAAAUUUGAAUGUGAGAGGGAGAUAGAAAGAAGAAGAAGAAGAAGUUAUUCGAUUGUUUGGCAGGUGUUUUGUUUCCUCCUCCUCCUCCUCACGAAACCCGGAUCAUUGAUUGAUCUUCCUUAUUAAAUUCAUUGCUAUUUUUCUUCCGGAGUUAAUAAUUAUUUAUUUUUUUUUUGUCGUUUUUCGAUAAAGAGAGGAUAUAUGUAUAAUAGUCGUUUGUGGAUCGUGCAGGAGACGCAACAACAAUAACAGCAACAACAAGAAGAUGAUGAUGAUGGUGCGAUGGUCGGUUUGGAAAGGAACGCAAAUGUGGUGGAUGUGAGGGGAUUCUGUUUAUAUUUUCGCGGGCGUCAAGGCAACGAACCACGCCCCUUCGACGGUUGCUGUUUGUGGGGUGGGCGUGGCCGGCGCGCGAAGGGUGUGUUUUUCUUUUGGUUCUUUAUAAUUAUUAUUUUGUUUUUGUCCCCUGCCCCCCACCCUCUCCAUGAUGUAUCUAUUAUUUUUGUUUUAUUAUUUUUUGUAUAAGAGAUAUGAUGAUAGGAUCGAAGACUGUAUGUAAAGAUGUUCUUUUUUUUCUUUUAAAGGGAAAGCGAAAUUAUUGAUGAUGAAGAUGAAAUAUUUAAAAAAAAAAAUGCUGGACAUUUCGAUGAUGAUGAUGAUGAUAGAUUAGGUGUGCUAGUCAUGUGACCAUAUGUUUAUCUGUGAUCAGAGCUCCAAUGACACUGGACUGUUUUUUUUAUUAUUAUUAUUAUUUUAAUUAUUUUAUUAUUAUUAUUACUGCUAUUGUCUAGACAAUGAGAGAGAGAGAGAGAAAGAGAGGAAGAGAGAAAAGGAGGAAUUAGGCGAUGACUAAGAAGAUAACGAUGAUGAUGAUGAUGAGAUGAUAAAUAUUGUAGAAAGAUGUGAUUUGUAAAACUUUUGUAAAGAUAGAGACUUUUCUUCAUAUAUCUAUAAAUAUUACUAUUUUUUUUGUU